AUGCGCGCCGCCGUGCUUGUUCUCGCAGGGACUGCUGCUGCCCUCACGGACAUCGAGCACAAACGAUUUAUGCUGAAGAACAUAGAUCCCAUUGUGUUCCCGGGGAAAUACGUCUCGCACAUGCACUCGUUCUAUGGCAGCGAUGUUGUGACGAAGGAUUUGCCCACAACCGCGCAGCUGCAACAGGGUUGCCCGUCUGGCGAGAACCCCAACGACCUCUCCAUAUACUGGGCACCCACGCUCUACUACGUAAACGGCGACAACUACACCGAAAUCGUGCCGGCCACGUUCAAGACAUACUACGAGCAGAUCGACCACGCCGAGAUCCCGUUCCCCAAAGACUUCCACAUGGUGGCGGGCAACGCGUCGGGCAAGUCGCAGGCCGACAUCGACGAGAAGCUGACGGCCAUCACGUGGUGGUGCGACGGCAACGGGCCCGAGGACCGCAACAGCCGGCCGCGGGCGGCGUUCCCGCGGUCGACGUGCAGCGCGCACAUGCAGGCCAUCCUGCGGUUCCCCGACUGCGUCGACCCGGCCAGCAUCGCCACGUACACGUACGCGGCGGCCCACGGCGGCCGCUGCCCCGCCGGCAUGAAGCGCAUGCCGUCGCUGCGCUUCUCGAUUGGCGACGGCUAUUGCCUGCACGGUGAUUUCGUCAACGGUUGGUUCGAUGAUGCGCAACAGAACCUGUUGAAGGCCAAGGGCCAGAGCUUCAUGCGCAUAGACGGCUCGCACGGCAUGGGCAAGCAGUUCAGCAAGUGCAAGGCAAAGGAUGCGGACCCCGACAACGGAACGUCAGACUAUCUGACGAGCUUAAAGAUGAUGAAGAUGUCGAGCUGA